CAAGCCUAUUAUUGCAUUCUUCAUCAAUCAUAACUUGCAUUCUGAGAGCUCCACAAGAAACUAAAAAUCUUUUUUUCUUCGUUCCUUUCUUAAAACAUAUUUUCCUUAAAACUAAUGAUGAACACAAAGAAGCUCAUGAAGAUGGCCAAGAAAUGGCAACAAAGAGCAGCCCUCCACAGGAAAAGGAUCUCAUUUCAAAAAUCAAGUGCUGCUACUAUCUCAAUUGCUGCAGAGAAGGGCUGUUUUGUUGUUUACACGAUAGAUAAAACCCGCUUUGCUUUUCCUUUAAGUUACCUGAGCAACUCUAUUUUCCAAGAGCUCUUGAAGAUAUCUGAAGAAGAGUUCGGCCUCCCUACGGAAGGACCAAUCACCUUGCCAUUCGACUCGGUUUUCUUGGAGUAUCUAAUUAAAUUGGUCCAACUACGAAUGGAUGAAGACACAGAAAAGGCUCUGCUAAUGUCAAUCUCUAGUGCUAAGUGUUCUUCACAAUGCUCUUUGCAACAACAAGAACCAAAUACUCAACAAUUGCUUGUAUUUUAGAGUUUCCUAAGAGAAGAUAGAUACUUUUGUAAAGCUUCAGAUUAUUUUGUAUACUUAAUACACCACAAAAACUACUAUAUACCCUUCUUUACUAAAAUCUACCUAAAUUUUCAUUA